UGCUAUUUAAACUCUCGCUUAGUUAGGUUAUUAAAUUAAAUAUGGGCAAGACUGAAUUAUUAAGUGAUAAGUUUGGACAAUCUAUGGAGGGAAUUUUGAGGAGUUUUAGUACGAUUAAAAUGAUAACUAAGGAUGAAGAGACUAUUGAAGUUGAUAGGGAGAGCUAUUUUGUACAGAUGAGUGCCUUUAUAGCCUCCAUAUGUGAUGAUGAUGAUUUUGAAGCAGAAGAUGUACAGCUUACGGAGAUUACUUCAGAAAUUUUAAAAUUGGCAUUAGAGUUCUGACUAAAUGGUCCAAGAGAACUUCUUACUAAACCUAUUCUCUCUGAUAGAUAUAUGGAAGAAGUACGGGAAUGAGAAAUUAAAUUUUUCGAAGAAUUAGAGUUUGAAACAGUCCAAGAAUUGCUCAUUGCCUCAACUUUCUUAGAUAAUGAGACUCUCACUGAUGCUUGUGGAUCAUAUAUAGCUUACACAUUAAAGAAGACACCUGUAGAGACUCUUGAGAACACAUAUAAUAUUUCUACCAUCCUUAGUCAUUCUGAGGCCUUCGAGCUAAUGGACAAAUACAAGUAUCUGAUUCAAAAAGACCCAAGCAGUUAUUUAGAAGCUAUCCAGAAUUAAUCCUUAACAAUUCCAUUCA